CGACGACGAUGAUGGCUCGGGUCUCUGCUUCGUCCCGACUUGCACUGCCGAUGACGAUGAUGACGAUGAUCGCGAUGCUGCUGCUGCUGCACUCAACGUCAGCAGUGGCCGUGAAGCCCGGCUCCUGCCCUACGCCGCCCCCUGGCGCCAUGGGGACGUGCGACGAGGCGUGCGCGGACGACGAGAGCUGCCCCGGCGAGCAGAAGUGCUGCAGCAACGGCUGUGGCCACGGCUGCGUGCAGCCGCAGGUCCUCGGGGCGAGCGGCGUGAAGUUGCCGGUUCUCAAGCCGACCCAAGUGGAGCUGGGAGAGGCGAGCCUGAGCGACGGGACGCUCCGAGGCAAAGUGAGGCCAGAGGUGAGGCCCGGGUGUUGUCAGGACCCAGACCCCUUCCCCAUCCCACGCUGCAAAUGGAGGAACGACCUCUGCCGCGGUGACGGCGAAUGCCCCGGCGUCCAGAAGUGCUGCCCGCACUCGUGUGGGAAUCGCUGUGAAAACGUGAAGCCAGUGAAGCCCAAGCCCGGCGAGUGCCCAUUCGUGGACACGAGGCUCAUCCGCUGUGCAUACCGCCCACCGCUGUGCAGCGCGGACUGGCAGUGCCCCGGGGAGCAGAAGUGCUGCAACACGGGCUGCGUGACGGCCUGCAGCAAGCCCGCGAUCGUGAAGCCCGGCUCCUGCCCAGCGAUGCCCGUUGGCUUAAAGCCGACGUGCGACAUUCGCUGUCUCAACGACGACAGCUGCCCCGACAACCAGAAAUGCUGCAGCAACGGCUGUGGCCGGCAGUGCUUGAGACCAGCCUCGGGUAUUGGGACCCCCAAACCCGGCCAGUGUCCAUUCGUGAGUUCCGAGCCCAUCCUCUGCGAGUCCCGGCGUGACCGCGGCGAGUGCAGCGCGGACUCGCAGUGCCCCAGCGAGCAGAAGUGCUGCAACACGGGCUGCACGAUGGCCUGCACCACGCCCGCUAAAGUGGUGAAGAUCGGGAUGUGCCCCGUCCACGACUACUCGGGCAUCAACUGCUUCCGCUACGAAAACGGCUGCAGCGGCGACGCCUCCUGCCCCGGCAACCAGAUGUGCUGCAGCGUCACGUGUGGGGUGGGCUGCGUGGAGCCGGAGCCAGUGGUGAAGGCCGGGCGGUGCCCGAUCCGGCGGGACACCUUCUUGACAAUCGGCUGCUCCGGACCGAGAGAGGACUGCACGGGCGACGCCGGCUGCCCCGGCAAGCAGAAGUGCUGCCUCGCAAUGUGUGGCGUGGACUGUGUGGAUCCCGCGCCAGAGUCCAUUGGCUGAGUGCUGCCGUGAGGUUCAUGAAGAGGAGGAGGACGAGGAGGAGGAGGAAGAGGAGGAGUCCGCUAUGGCCGGCUUGGCACAUCAUCCCACUUCCCCACGCUAGCAGCGAGGAGCUUCACAAGGAGCGAUCCGCGCAUCCCCCCCCCCCACCCUUCUGCCGGCCGUCUGCG